UUUUUUUUUUUUGCAUCUCAUCAAAACAAAGCGGGGGCGAGCCGGAGCCAAGAGAGCGAGUUCCUGCUUCAUGAAUGAGAGGUCGGUCGGUCGCUCGGUCGGACCCUUCAUCCUGCACCCUGACGCCCGCCCGCGGGGCUGCGCAACGCGGCGUGGAGAAGCCAGAGGCGCCUCCCGCUGAUGAGUCCCGGACAGCCGAAGCGUCCCCUCGGCUCUACAUGACCGCUUCAUCCCACCGGGAGCGACACGACGGGAUCAGGAACGAUGCUUGACGGACUGCGGCGGAGGCAUGCCUCCCGCUCCUCCCCCAGACCCCUCUCCCUCAACUUCAGCACGUUCUCAGCGCCUCCCCCGAGCCCGGACCUGGACAGCAGCAGCGGCGAGCAUCCGCUGAGGAGGACUCUGCACCGGCUGAAGUUGAUGAGCUCCCCCAGCCUCAGCGAGCUCGGUAAGAGUGAGAAGAGUUCGCCGGAGGACAGAGGGGAGAAGCAGAAGAGGGCCGGAGCCAACGCCACCUGGAACAGCAUCCACAACGCUGUCAUAGCAGUCUUCCAGAAGAAGGGAUUGGCCGAUAAUGAACUCUACACCCUGAACGAAGGCGUCCGGCAUCUGUUGAAAACUGAGCUGGGCUCUUUCUUCUCAGAAUAUCUCCAGAAUCAGCUUCUGACGAAAGGCAUGGUCAUUCUUCGGGACAAGAUAAGAUACUAUGAAGGUCAGAAGCUACUAGACUCUCUGGCAGAGACCUGGGACUUCUUCUUCUGCGACGUUCUCUCCAUGCUGCAGGCCAUCUUUCACCCAGUCCAGGGUAAGGAGCCCUCAGUCAGACAGCUGGCCCUGCUUCACUUCAGGAACACCAUAGUCCUGAGCGUGAAGUUGGAGGACGCCUUGUCUCGGCCGCGGGCCCGCGUUCCCCCCUCUGUGACACAGAUGUUGCUCAUCCUGCAGGGGGUCCAUGAGUCGCGGGGGGUUAACGAGGAAUAUUUAAGGUUGGAGUCUCUGGUACAGAAAGUGGUCUCCCCUUACCUGGGCACCCACGGCCUUUACUCUGGAGAAGCGGAUGACGAUCACUGCUGCGUUUUCGACAAGCGUCUAUCGUGGGGCUGGCCCAAGUCUGCAGACCAGCCCUCUAAGAACCCCGUGGUACGAUCCAAAAGCUACAACAUCCCCCUGCUGUUGACGCCGGUGGCCGAGUACGACCCGGACGCCAGCUCGGUCAGCAGCGGAGGGAUUCGUCGCCACUCGGCUUGUGAGAUCAUAUCGUGCCUGGAGGAACAGGGCCUCACCUACUCUGACCUGGGUCCAGGAUCCGAGAUGUCUGGCCCCUCCUCCAACAGACUGUGCGUGGGCUCUCAGUUUAACGGGAUUGUACAAGCAGGAGCCAGCGCCAUGGACUUGGCUCUGUCGUCUCCUUCCAUCCUCCAUUCCUCGGGAGCGCUCCACGGCACAGAGGCCACCACAACUGUGACCGAUCUCAGCAAGGGCGCAUCCUCCUCGCCGCCCAGCGAGUCGUCCAGUCCCGAAACCAUAAUCGGACAGGUUCCGAAGUCUGCCGGCUCAGACUCGGACGGGAUAUUUAUUGAGUUCCCUCUCCACUCUUCGAGCGGGAAGAGCCUUAGCCGUGAGAGCAGGCAGAGCACUGUGUAGCUCCGGUCCCCUUCAGGGACCCACAGCGAGAGUGUGUGCGCGGGAAUGUUGACACGUUUCAGCUAAAGGGUACCGCUUCCUUUUUACUUUCAUACUGAGAGACUGUCAGUGAUAACCUUCUUCCAGUGUGGAUACUAUUAUUUAAAUUCUUUUAUGAAACCUUUAAGCAGCUAAGUAAAAAAAAUCAGCAUGCAUGUCCAAGUCGACAUGAAGUGGUACUGAUGGCUAAAGAAUGAAUGAAUGAAAACAUUUUUUACUAUUUAAAAAAAAAAAAGCCCAAGAUGAUUCUAU